AAACUGCUGACGCUGGCCAAGACAAGCUGUUGCUGCAUUGUCACACCCCUCCCCUUCCCUCCCCCUUGUUCUUCUCCCAGAAACUGCUUGCUCUGGCCAAGACGCGGUCGCUGCAGGGGGAGCUGAUGGCGGGGUAUGAGGAUGACACCUGUGACAUGGGGGAGGCGGUAUUUGAGGAGGGGCUACUCGGGGAAGGGUUACUUGGGAAUGGGUUAGCUGGGAAGGGGAUACCUGAGAAGGCGCCGGCAGGGACAGAGCAGCAGGCCAGCAGGCCCAAGAACAAGGUGACUUUUGAGGUGCCUCAAAAGCUGACAGGGAACGAGGCGCAAGAGAGCAGGACCAAGAACGGUGGUGCAUUCCAGAGAGGAGAGUACGAUGGGGAAGCUGAGAGCUCGGGGCAUGCAACGGGGAGUGUGAAGGAGGGUACGAUGGAGGGUAAGAAGCAUGGGGAGGAGCAACUACUGUACGAGUAUUUAUGGGACGAUAAGGAGCUGGAUGAAGCAGCCGCUAAGUGUCUUACUUACCAGUGCCUCGAGCCGGACAUAAAAAAGAUGUGGCGGAACCCUCGGCUUACCCCGCAGGAGUUUGUGCGGCAGAUUAAAGAGCUAUGUGUCAUGAUUGAGGAUCGGUUUAAAGAGCUCACGGGUAAGUUUGACCUGAAUCACGGGGCGUAUUUCAGAGAUCCCCGGAUUCUAGGGGUUGUUGCGCAUUUCCUGGAGUUUCGGGAGCUUCCGGAGUGGUCUAAAGCGAUUGAUACCGAUGUGAUGAGAGCAGAGCACAUGGUGCAUUCAGGCUAA